GCGCCGAAAUUCAAAGGAAUAAAUAGUUCCGGCGCGGGUGUUGAGUGUGGUGGGCAGAUGUUGCAGCUGCUAUGGUGCAGUUCGUCUUGUAGCACCUGCUACGAGGGUGUUGCGUCUCUCCCCGUCUUUGUGACCGGAGGAGAUCUGGGGGCUCCUCGAGUCCCGGCCUGAGGCAGCGAACUGGUUUGUGGCCUGUUUGAUUCCUAGCAGAGGUUUACUGACCCAAGGUAGUAUUGAAAAUGCAUAUCAAGUCAAUUAUUCUUGAGGGAUUCAAGUCCUAUGCUCAGAGAACUGAAGUCAAUGGUUUUGACCCCCUCUUCAAUGCUAUCACUGGCUUAAAUGGUAGUGGAAAAUCCAACAUAUUGGACUCCAUCUGCUUUUUACUGGGCAUCUCCAACCUGUCUCAGGUGGUUAUUGGUGGCAGAAAUAAAUAUUUAAUCAAUGGAGUAAAUGCAAACAACACCAGAGUACAGGAUCUCUUCUGUUCUGUUGGCCUUAAUGUUAACAACCCUCACUUUCUCAUCAUGCAGGGCCGAAUUACAAAAGUAUUGAAUAUGAAACCUCCAGAGAUUUUAUCCAUGAUAGAAGAAGCAGCUGGAACCAAGAUGUAUGAAUACAAAAAAAUAGCUGCCCAGAAAACUAUAGAAAAAAAGGAGGCUAAGCUAAAAGAAAUUAAGACGAUACUUGAAGAAGAGAUUACACCAACCAUUCAAAAAUUAAAAGAGGAAAGAUCUUCCUACUUGGAGUAUCAAAAAGUAAUGAGAGAAAUAGAACAUUUGAGUCGUUUAUAUAUCGCUUAUCAGUUUUUGCUGGCUGAAGAUACCAAAGCACGCUCAGCUGAGGAGUUAAAAGAAAUGGAGGAUAAAAUUUUAAAGCUUCAAGAAGAAUUAUCUGAGAAUGAUAAAAAAAUAAAGGCACUUAAUCAUGAAAUAGAAGAAUUGGAAAAAAGAAAAGAUAAGGAAAUUGGUGGUAAACUUCGAUCUUUAGAAGAUGCUCUUGCAGAGGCUCAGCGAGUUAAUACUAAAUCUCAAAGUGCAUUUGAUCUCAAGAAGAAAAAUCUGGCAAGUGAAGAAAAUAAACGUAAAGAGCUGGAAAAAAAUAUGGUUGAGGACUCUAAAACUUUAGCAGCCAAGGAAAAAGAGGUUAAAAAGAUAACAGAUGGUCUGCAUGCCCUUCAAGAAGCAAGCAAGAAAGAUGCUGAAGCUUUGGCUGCUGCGCAGCAGCACUUCAAUGCUGUUUCCGCUGGCCUGUCCAGCAAUGAAGAUGGAGCAGAAGCAACUCUUGCUGGUCAAAUGAUGGCCUGUAAAAAUGAUAUAAGUAAAGCGCAGACAGAAGCUAAGCAGGCUCAGAUGAAGUUGAAACAUGCCCAACAGGAAUUAAAGAAUAAACAAGCUGAAGUUAAGAAAAUGGAUAGUGGAUACAGGAAGGAUCAAGAAGCUUUAGAAGUUGUAAAGAGACUUAAAGAAAAACUUGAAACCGAAAUGAAAAAGCUAAAUUAUGAAGAAAACAAGGAGGAAAGCCUUUUGGAAAAGCGCAGGCAGCUGUCUCGUGAUAUCAGUAGAUUGAAAGAAACAUAUGAAGCUCUCUUGGCCAGAUUUCCCAAUCUUCGAUUUGCAUACAAGGAUCCAGAGAAGAACUGGAAUAGAAAUUGUGUGAAAGGACUUGUAGCUUCUCUGAUCAGUGUAAAAGAUACUUCUGCAACCACAGCUUUAGAAUUGGUAGCUGGGGAACGACUCUAUAAUGUUGUAGUAGACACAGAGGUUACUGGUAAAAAACUACUAGAAAGGGGGGAAUUGAAGCGUCGGUACACUAUAAUUCCACUCAAUAAGAUUUCAGCCAAAUGUAUUGCUCCAGAAACUCUCAGCGUUGCUCAGAAACUUGUUGGCCCUAAUAAUGUUCAUGUGGCUCUUUCCCUGAUUGAAUAUAAACCAGAACUUCAGAAAGCAAUGGAAUUUGUCUUUGGAACAACGUUUGUUUGUGAUAAUAUGGAUAAUGCCAAAAAAGUGGCCUUUGAUAAAAGGAUAAUGACUAGAACUGUAACUCUGGGAGGUGAUGUAUUUGAUCCUCAUGGGACAUUGAGUGGAGGUGCUCGAUCCCAGGCAGCUUCUAUUUUAACCAAGUUUCAAGAACUCAAAGAUGUUCAGGAUGAACUGAGAAUCAAAGAGAACGAACUACGGGCUCUAGAGGAGGAAUUAGCAGGUCUUAAAAACACUGCUGAAAAGUAUCACCAACUAAAACAGCAGUGGGAGAUGAAAACUGAGGAGGCAGAUUUAUUACAAACUAAGCUCCAGCAAAGCUCAUAUCACAAGCAACAAGAAGAAUUAGAUGCCCUUAAAAAAACCAUUGAGGAAAGUGAGGAGACUUUAAAAAACACUAAAGAAAUUCAAAAAAAAGCAGAAGAAAAAUAUGAAGUAUUGGAGAAUAAAAUGAAAAAUGCAGAAGCUGAAAGAGAGAGAGAAUUGAAGGAUGCUCAGAAAAGACUAGAUUGUGCCAAAACAAAGGGAGAUGCAUCUAGCAAGAAAAUGAAAGAAAAACAGCAGGAAGUUGAAGCUAUUACUCUGGAACUGGAAGAACUCAAGAGAGAGUAUGCAUCCUAUAAACAACAACUUGACGCUGUAAAUGAAGCUAUCACAUCCUAUGAAGGUCAGAUUAAAGUAAUGGAAGAUGAGGUGGCUAAAAAUAAGGAGUCAGUAAAUAAAGCUCAAGAAGAGGUGACCAAGCAAAAAGAAGUGAUAACAGCCCAAGACAGUGUAAUUAAAGCUAAAUGUGCAGAAGUGGCAAAACACAAGGAACAAAACAAUGGAUCUCAGCUUAAAAUGAAGGAAUUAGACCACAACAUUACCAAACAUAAACGGGAAGCUGAGGAUGGUGCUGCGAAGGUAUCCAAAAUGUUGCAAGAUCAUGACUGGAUUAAUGCAGAGAAACACCUCUUUGGCCAACCCAAUAGUGCCUAUGAUUUCAAAACUAAUAACCCAAAAGAAGCUGGUCAGAGACUUCAGAAGCUUCAAGAAAUGAAGGAGAAACUAGGAAGAAAUGUCAAUAUGAGAGCUAUGAAUGUACUGACAGAAGCUGAAGAGCGAUAUAAUGACUUGAUGAAGAAAAAGAGAAUUGUAGAAAAUGACAAAUCCAAAAUUCUUACAACUAUAGAAGACCUUGACCAGAAGAAAAAUCAAGCCCUAAAUAUUGCCUGGCAAAAGGUGAACAAAGACUUUGGGUCAAUUUUUUCAACUCUUUUGCCUGGUGCUAAUGCUAUGCUUGCACCACCAGAAGGGCAAACUGUUUUGGAUGGCCUGGAAUUCAAGGUUGCCUUAGGAAAUACCUGGAAAGAAAACUUAACUGAACUUAGUGGCGGUCAGAGGUGA